AAAAUAGUGCCAAGUUUUAUUGUACAUCCCUGAAGCAAUGUUUUUUACACACAAGUGUUUUCUCAACAAUUGUUAAUUAUUAAUUAUGUUGAGAAAUAAAUAAAUCUAGCUGUUUAUAUAUCCUGUAAUAAAGCAUUCUAAUUUAAAUGAUACAAAAAAGAUAAUAGUGAAAUAACGUGGAAGUGAUAGUGAUAUGAUAAAUGUUUUGGAACUCUAACCUCAAAAGAAGAAAAAUAUUGACGUUCUCUGGUAUUAUUUUCUUUAAAAAUGGUAAUAAUUUGUGCAAUACCAAGUUGUAGUAACACACAAAGAAAAAGCAAGCAUACUUUUUUUAAACUUCCAAAAGAUAAAUUUUAUUGUAAUGCUUGGUUAAAAUUAUGCGAUAAAGCAAAUAAAUCUCUCGAGAAUGUACGAGUAUGUUCUGCACAUUUUCGACCAGAAUGUUUUAAGCCAAGAAGUGCAUCUCUUGAAUACAUUGACCGAAUAUUAAAUCGAACACCAAGAAAUGUAUUAAAACUCAAUCCGACCGCAAUACCAACUGAAAAUAUAUCUGCAAGUGAAUCAAUUAUUGGUGAAAUAGAAGAAGAAGAAGGAGGAGGAGCUGUCGAAGAUUAUUUAUCAGAAACGAAAAAUAUUUUUUCAAAUGACGAUGGUUCAUCGGAAGAAAUAAAUAUUGCCCCUGAUUAUGUAAAAGGAGAUGAUAAUUCGAAUACAUUUGAUUGUGAGUUAUCGUAUCAAUUUAUAAAUAAUGUUCCCGAGAAAGAAAUGUCACUAGAAAUAUCAAAUAUAAAUGAAAAUCAUCAGAAUGAAACAUUACCACAAUUAAAUGAUAAUAUUACUGACCAGAUAAUGAUAGAGGAUGUAUCAUUAGAAAGAAAUAGAAAUGUUAUUGAUCAGAUUUUUUCUACAUUGCCCGAUAUUGAUUUUAUAACAGAAGAAGAACGUGAAAAUUACUUGAAAUAUGUCUAUCAAAUAAAGGAGGAGAUUAAUAAAAAAAUGCUAGAAUUACAAGUUGAUAUUGAAAAAAAACGAAUAGAAAAUGAAAAGCAUUUAAAAGAAAUAGAAAUACUACAAGCAAAAAGAAGAAAAGAAUAUAAUCAUUUUCUUAUACAAUUUCUACAAGUCAAGAAAAAUAAAAUGUUUUGGAAAAAAAAGUGUUUAGAGUAUAAAAUAAGACUCUAUAAAGCUAAAAAUAAGGAAUGAACUUUCUUUUCUAUCCUUUAAUCUCAAUUUUAUGGAUAAUGACACUUAUUUUACGUAAGGUUGUAUGAAAAUAAGGAUAAACAUUGAAUAAAUUAUUUUUUAUUAAUAAAUUUA